UCUUUGCCUGUAGUACCCUGCCCUGUCUCUUCCUGCCAGUGAUAGAGAGACAGCCCUCCUGCAGUCACUUCCCACCCCACCCUCGCUCUCUGAAAUACUUGUCUCUAACAAACUGCACUCACUCUCUCAUCUCUGGAUCUGAGGAGCUCUAAUUCUUUUACACCUACUGAAGAAGUAACUUAUUUUUUCGUUAUUUAAGAAAUGUCAGACACACUUCAGGUGGAAUUAUUUGUGAAGGCUGCAAAUGAUGGACAGAGCAUCGGAAACUGCCCCUUUUCUCAGCGCCUCUUCAUGGUCCUCUGGUUAAAAGGAGUCACAUUUAAUGUCACUACAGUUGAUAUGAAAAAAAAACCAGAUAUAUUGAAAGAUCUGGCUCCUGGGGCACAGCCCCCAUUCUUGCUGUUUGCUGGUGAAGUCAGAACAGACACCAAUAAAAUAGAAGAAUUUCUUGAGGAGACCUUGUGCCCACCCAAAUAUCCUAAACUGGCGUCUCGAAACCCAGAAUCAAACACAGCUGGACUCGAUGUUUUUGCUAAAUUUUCUGCCUACAUCAAGAAUUCCAAUCCAGCACUUAACCAAAGUUUGGAAAAAGGUCUUUUGAAAGCAUUGAAGGCACUUGAUAUCUACCUAAACACUCCCCUACCAGAUGAAAUUGAUGAGAACUGUGCAGAAGAUGAGUCUGUCUCAAACCGCAAGUUCCUAGAUGGUAAUGAGCUGACGCUGUCUGACUGCAACCUUCUCCCUAAGCUCAACAUUGUGCAGGUGGUAUGUGAACAUUUUCGGGGAUUCAAGAUUCCAGCAGAAUUUACUGGAAUCCAUCGCUAUCUCCAGAAUGCUUAUAAACGAGAAGAAUUUGCCAGCACUUGCCCUGAUGCUGCUGAAAUUUCACGUGCAUACGCAGAGGUGGCUAAACCGCUAAAAUAACUUGCACCGCAGAGAGAAUAGAGAUCUUGUAUUUAAUACCAUUGUAAACAAAAGAAGCCUUGCUUCAGGCAGACCACCAUACUAGGCCAACUUGCUGUCUGUCAUGGUCUUUCUCUACCCUUCUUACUUUAUCUAUGUAGAGCUUGCUAUUAAAUUGCCCAGGGUCUAUGACAUACAGCAGUCAUUUUGAUGACAACUUCAAAUUGUGUUUUUGUUUUUUUUACUUGCUGAGGUUGUCAUUUAACCUACUGACAUAUUAAAAAAAUAAAUGUUAACUAUAUUUAAAUUAUACGUCGCAUUUUUAGUCCCCUGAAUAGAUUAGCAGAACAUCACCUCCACACCUUUCUUUUCUUGCAUAACCGAGGCUGCAGAUUUUUUAUUUUUUUUUGCAUUCAGCGUGGGGCAAGGAUUAAAAUACCACAUUGUUUUGUUUUUUUUCACUGUGUACUCAGAAUAAUCCUGUAUAUUUAAAAUACUGAGUAUUACAUGCUGAAUAUUCAUGUUUAUAUUAAAAGGAAUUUUCUCCAA